CACAAACACACCCACCCCAUUAACCCUCUUCCAAUCCCACUGCAACAAUUUCUCCAUUGAAGAUGUCCGAUUCCACUUCCAACUCCGACUCCGAUAACGAAAACUUUGUUUUAACGAUGAUAAUUAAUAACUCCAACGACAGUGCUUUUCGUUUCACUCAUGCCAUGGCAUUCAUAUUUGGCUUGAUAUUCUUGUUUAAGACCAUAAAUUUCUUACGUUCUUGCUUUUUCAGGCCUCCAAGAAUCCCCACCAUACUCCACACACCGGUCGAUGUUCCAUCACCCUACGUGUCCGUGUCAGUGGCCGAGUCCCUAGAGUACGGUCAUUGCCACGGCCACGUAGACGGUCACAUCGACACGGGUUACGAGAAUUCCCCUAAGAUGUCAUAUUCUGAUGAAGUAAUGAAGAAAAGUAGUGUUGGAGGUGGAUGCAUCAUAUGCUUAGGGGAUUACAAAGAGAUUGAGAUGUUGAGGGUUCUUCCUGGUUGUGGCCAUGUCUUUCACCAAGCUUGUGUUGAUCCAUGGCUCAUGUUACACUCCACAUGCCCUAUAUGCCGAAAAUCAUUGCCACAUGCACCAUAGCUAGAAAUACAACAAUACCAUAGAGGUUAAACCAAAACCCUAAUUAUUUUAUGUUAUUUCUAAAAGACAGAUAUUAGAAGGCAAAUACUUUUUUAUUAAUAUUUGUUAAUAUUUUGGGUAUUAAGAUUUAGAAUUUAGUAAGAAAAAUAUUUUUAUUGAUCGAGUGUGGACCAAAAUAAUAAAUUUUGUUGGUCAUGUAACUUUGUUUAUUUUUAAAUAAUUACUAGUGUAAAACCUAGGU